UUCCCUCCCUCCACUGUCAAAUUCCAGCGAGGUCAUCCUCAUUGGGGAAAAGAAUUCCGCAAACUCCACUCUCCCACUACCAUUUCGCAAUUCCAAACCAGGGAAUUGUUUUGGUUUGAUCUUCAAUCUACCAAACCCUAGUUUCUCUCUUUUCCGCUCUACUGUGUCCAUUACACGCGCCUACCGCAUCUGCUCGCUCCUUCCUUGAAUCCCCAGUUUUCGGGUAAGUUCAUUCGUGCUUGCCUCUUCCGUUCCCCACUGUUGAUGUCUCCAUUUAUUAUGCCUCUACUUCUUUUAGCUCUUCGUUGGAUUUGGUUGCGGAUUUGAGGUUUGGGGUUUCUGGUAUUUAGGUUGCUGGGUUUCUUUGCUAUCUGAUACUAUUUCCCGAGUGACUGGCUGGACUAAGACCUGCGAAUCCGCUAUACUCACUCAUAUGGUCCGGUGGAGUUCAUCGAGGUUUCAUAAUGGCGCCUUCGGCGGGCUGCUGGCGGGAGUGCUUGUCUUGUUGGCGCUGGUCGUAUCUGGCGUAACGGCAGACAUACAACUUAACGAGACAUCUUCUUCAGCUGGUUUAUCUUGGACGCCAGGGAACGAGGAGUCUGGUAUCGUUAUCCCCAAGUCUGAUCCCGGCAAUGAAUCCUCUGUUAUUUCAGCUAUCGUGAGCGAGCAGGAUCAACUUGAUGGCGGCUUUUCUUCUCUUGAAGGGAUGCUACAGUGGGCCAUAGGUCAUUCUGAUCCUGCUGCGUUGAAGCAAUCUGCUCAAGAUGCUCAGCGUUUAUCUGCUGCUGAACUGAAUAAGCGGCAAAUGGAAAUUAAGGAACUGAUGGAGAAGUUGAAAAUGCCGUCGGAUGCACAGUUGAUGCAGACUGCUUUGGAUGACUUGAAAAAUUCCUCUGUACCUAUAGAAGAUCGUCACCGUGCCCUAGAGGAGCUUCUUGUUCUUGUUGAGCCGAUUGAUAAUGCCAAUGAUUUGGCCAAACUUGGCGGUCUUGCACUGGUGGUUGGAGAGCUUAAUCACCCUGCAUCAGAUAUCAGGACGAUAUCUGCAUGGGUGAUUGGCAAGGCUAGUCAAAAUAAUGCACUUGUGCAAAAACAGGUUUUGGAGCUUGGGGCACUAUCAACCCUAAUGAAGAUGGUGUUAUCUAAUUCAGCUGAUGAAGCAAUUAAAGCGCUCUAUGCUGUGUCAGCCUUGAUUCGUAACAAUGUUGCUGGUCAAGAUCUGUUCUUUUCUGAAGCUGGGGAUAAACUGCUUAUGGAUGUUCUGAGCAACUCCAGCUCCAAUAUCAGACUCCGCAGGAAAACAGUUUCACUUGUUUCUGAUCUGGCCGAAGGUCAAUUAGAAAAUCCAGUCCGAGAAGAACAUUCUUGCUUUGGAAAUCAGCUGUUCUUGAAGUCUAUUGUUGAUUUGACCAUGUCAAUUGACCUUGAUCUCCAGGAAAAGGCUCUUCUAGCUAUCAAGAAUAUCCUGCAACUGAAAACUGGGAAUGCAGUCAUUUUGAAGGACUUUUGUGGGCUGGAUGAUGCUUUGGAGAGAAUGACACAGGAGCUGGACGGUGUAACAGCAGAGGAAUCAGAUGGCGACUUUGCAGUUAGUGUAGAAAAUUUGCGCAGAGAAGUACAGAUGACUUUCCACAAAAAGCUUGGGGAGGAGACUGGAGUUGGGGCAUCAUGAGAUAGAUGUUGUCUGCAAAUCUAUUCUGUUGAGAGCAAAGUCCGGCCGUGUUCGGAUGGUCAUCUACGAUGGGUGUUCCUACUGGCUAUCGUAUAUGCAAGAGAGGAACUGAAGGGAGAGAGAGGGAGCGAGAAGGAAGAUUGUAUUUGUUAUCUGGAACAAGUGCUAAAGUUCACCUCCCAAACAUUAGAUUCAGAUAGUCUUUGACUCAGAGAUCAGGUGCUUGUGUAGCUUUGUUCUUUUUUAUAACUCUGUUUAGAAGAUGAUGGCUCGCAUGUGACUAGAGUGUUCAGAUUAGUGUGUUUGUUGGUCGCUGUCGCCCGAUAGGGAUGGGGAAAUAUAACAAAUAUCAGUUAGCUAAUAUGAAAGAACUGGGUUACCUGGAAAUAUGCUCGUUUAAAAGAUUAUAAAUGUGAUCCUGUGACUGUGAGCACUGAGCAGUCUUUAAGAUGUAUGGUGUAAGACUUCUAUU